AUGAAUAAAAACAAACUGAUUCAUGAUUUCCUGGAGAGUGUUUCAAGAGGUGAUGUAGAACUCAUCAGCAACCAUAUUUCUAAAGUUCAUUCCAUUCUUGGAAACUUAGAUUUUCAGCAUCCCACAACUGGAAAUACAGCCCUCAUUAUUGCUGCAGAAAGAAAUUUAAUAGAGGUUAUUGAAUUUCUUUUGGAAAAGGGAGCAGACAUAACACUCUGUAACUACUGUAACCAGACAGCUGUCCAUGUAGCAAAUGAUGUUGUCCAAAAGCAACUUCUCUUGGCCAUCAAUGGAACCCGAGCUCCUCAUUUGCAAUUGCUACAAAUUUCCUGGCAAGGUGACCUGCAGCAACUUCAGUCCUUGCUGGUUAAAAGACAUCCUGAAUCAUUGCUUGACAUUUGUCAUGAAACGGAUCCUUCUGAAUGUGAAACACUGAUGACUGCCAAAAGCCAAAACAUCAUUUUGCAAAGCAUAAGCAGCAGAGAGGAAUCUGACCAGGAUGAAGAUUUUAGUUAUUCUACAUGGACCAGUGAAGAUGAAAUCCCAAGUGAGGAAAUACAGGAUUAUGGGAAUAAAUCAAAAGGUGAUGAAAUUAUCAUUACUUUUCAAAGAGAAGAUGAUAGUCCCCAAGAAAUGAGCCAAGUUGACAACGAUUUUGAAGCACACAAUCAGACAAUACCAGUGGUGCACAGAAAGUGGGCAAGUGAGCGCUCUAUUUCUCUUCCAAAUGAAACUGAAAUGGUGGAAUUCAAAAUGAGGCAACAGACUAUGUUACCUUUCCUUCUCAAGAAAGAAGAAAACUUAGAGCAGCUGCAUGGGGCUGACUUUGGCUUUCUGGUGCCAAGACAUUGCUCAGAACCUAAUGUUUCCAAGUCUGUAAUGGGUAAGAAUAGCUUCCAGAUUAUGAAGGCACAACUUCAACACACUAAAUCUGAUGGUUUUACCACAUCUGCUGUAAAACUUAGUAGUAGAAGUACUGAGUUUUCCUUAAUACCAUUAUCAUUCUUGCCUACUGGGUCAACUCAAGUUGUUCUUCUAGAAAAUAACAAGCUCCUUAAAAAGACAGAAAGACAUAUUUCCAGAACCAUAUAUCCAAUGCCUAAUCUUAUAGAGCCCACUAGUCGAUCUGAUGACUUUCAUUUACCAACUAAAUUGCAACAAACUCAGACUAGAGUCUUUGUGGACUGUAGUCUCAGAACAUCUGACAGUUAUAAUUCCAUUUGGUCUAGGAACAUGUGCUCCUUUCGGAAGGAUCAUUGGUCCUCAUCAGGGGAGGGCACUAGAGAGCAUCUGGAAAGAGAAGAUCUAAAACACAACAAAGCUGAAGAUGGUGUACAACUUGAAGCCUCUGUCUUUGAAAAAGGCCAGUUGUGGGCAUCCAUUGAGAAUGAGGACAUUUUUAAAGAAAGUAACACUUCUGAAGAAAAAGAGACUGAUCCCAAGGAUGGUGGAAUUAGAGAUACCAAGGAGGAAAAUACUCAGUGGAUAACAUCAAGAAAACACUAUAGCUUGAGGAAUGAGAACCAUGAACAAGAUCAAGGAAUGACACAUGAAUCUCAAACCUUGCUCCAAGAAGUUCACCCUUUAGUAAUGACGCAAGGCCAGAGAGAAGGUCCUGGAAAUGCAUCAGGACAUCCAAAUGAAACCAGUGAGCAAAAUAAUAUUCCAGAUCCUGUCUUUACACCCGUGCCUAUUGUCAUCACGCCCGACCCAACAGCAAACAUAUUCAAAAGCCACACAGGCAGAGAGAAGUCCACAAAAAUAGUAGAAUCAGAAACAACAGGAACAGAAAUGAGUGAAAUGGUGCCUCUGGUCUGCAUUACUUUUCCUGGAAACGGAUGCCCCAGGGAGCCAAGCACAGUCAAACAGGGUGUCUCAAAGAGAAAGAGUACUCUUCAUAACAAUAACACCACCUUUCAUAAACUUGCUCACCAAGAAAAUGACAAACAUAGGAUGAAGACCUACAGGAAGAAAUCAGAUUCAAAGACAAAGAUGAACAUCAGGACGUCUCAGAAUCUCACAAUUUCUAUUGAGGGAUCCAUCAAACCUACUCUUCAAAAAGCAAGCAUGAAAAGGCAAGUGUUCCCCACUUUAGGGCAGGCUGAGUCCAGGCCCGGGCAAUCAGCCAAGCUUCAGAGAAGAGGGCCACAAAUAGAAGAGAAGCCAUUAGACCUCCGUGCUUUGAAACCCCAAAGGCAAGGAUUUCCCUGCAUCUGCAAAAAUUCUGGACCAAAAAAGACAGCUGCUCCUGUUUCUGUCCCUCUGGCAAAGUCAAACUUUAAUUUUUCAGACCUGAAAUAUAGUGAUAUGUUCAAGGAAAUCAAUUCGACUGACAAAGGACCAGGAAUUUAUGAAAUGUUUGGGACUCCUGUAUAUUGUCAUGUCCGAGAAGCUGGGCGCCAGGAAAGCAAAUUUUAUAGGGAAACGAGCUCUGCCCCAGCUAGAAGGUGCCUUUCAAACAAAUGCCCUACCACACAGAAUGAAAGAAAUGGUAAUGGCAAAGUAAGAAUUUCCCAGAAAAAGGGACAUCCAAAACCUCCCAAAAGUUCUCUUGGCAUUAAACAAAAGCAGAAAGAUUUAAUUUCAAAAGAAAAAAAUCACAAGUCAACAGAGGUUGUCAUAGUAAAUAUGGAAAAAGAUGAUGUGAUUUCAGAACUUGAUUGGCAUAUGAAAUCUUCAGGAAACACCUCUCCCUCUUGUAAAGAUGAAGCUCAGCACCUUAAUUCCGUUCACUCUCCAGAGGAUCUUGCUGCAUCUCUAAAUCAGAAUGAACCUGGUCCUAGCCCAGAUUUGUCCAGUGGGGAUAAAGUUUCAGUGGAACAAUCCUCAAAGACUGAAGACCUUUCUCAGAGUCAACUACUUGCUACAAGCCUCAGAGACCUGCAUGAGCUUGAAGAGAGACAUCAAACCAAAUCUGUAGCUUCAGUGGAUAUAUGGUUACAGCCAAGUCAAGAGAAUGCCAUGGAGUCCUUAUUACAAGAAAGAUUCUCUAUGGAGACUCUUGGAAAUCUGAAAGUCAACCAGACUUUUUCUGAGACCCCAAGAUCUGACAGGGUUUCCAAUAAACUUUCAUCGCUGACUGCUUUCUCUUUCCCAGAGAGGGCCCAAAGUGCAUCUUCUCAGGCACCACAAAGCCAAAACUGGACACAUUCGAUGGAACACAGCAGUUUAGCAAAUAAGUCAGUUACAUAUCAGAGCACUGAAAAAACUGAAAGCAUUUCAAGCUCAAUUUCUAUGGACACAUUGGACUCUGAAAACAAGGAAAAAUUAACAGAUGAAUUACUAGGUUGUCUCGCAGCAGAACUAUUGGCUCUCGAUGAGAAAGACACAAAUUCCUGGCAAAUGGUGACAAAUGACACAAAUGCUGAAACACAAAACCCAGUCAUCAGUGGAAGAGGAAAUACCUUACAAGACUUUGACAAAGAGACAACAAGACUCAAAAUACAGAAGUACAGUAACAAUUUCUGGCUAUCUGACAAGGAAAAGCCUUUUUUCAACUUGAAUGAAAAGCCAUUUUCUGAAAACAGUUUAAAGCACGAAGAGCCUAUUCUAUGGACCAAAGGGGAAAUCCUUGGGAAGGGUGCAUAUGGCACGGUAUACUGUGGCCUUACAAGUCAGGGCCAACUCAUAGCUGUCAAACAAGUAGCUUUGGAUACCUCUGAUCAGGUGGCUAAUGAGAGAGAAUACCAGAAACUGCAAGAAGAAGUGGACCUGCUCAAGGUUCUGAACCAUGUCAAUAUUGUGGCUUACUUGGGAACAUGCUUAGAAAAGAACCUUGUAAGUAUUUUUAUGGAAUUUGUUCCUGGUGGCUCCAUUUCUAGUAUUAUAAACCGUUUUGGGCCCCUGCCUGAGAUGGUUCUCUCCAAAUACACCAAGCAAAUUCUCCAAGGUGUUGCCUAUUUGCACGAGAACUGUGUGGUACACAGAGAUAUAAAAGGGAAUAAUGUUAUGCUCAUGCCGACUGGAAUAAUAAAGCUGAUUGACUUUGGAUGCGCCAGGCGUUUAGCCUAUGCAAGCUUAACUGGCACCCAUAGUGAAAUGCUUAAAUCUAUGCAUGGGACACCAUAUUGGAUGGCACCUGAAGUCAUCAAUGAAUCCGGCUAUGGAAGGAAGUCGGACAUCUGGAGCAUUGGCUGCACUGUAUUCGAGAUGGCCACGGGAAAACCACCUUUAGCUUCUAUGGAUAGGAUGGCAGCAAUGUUUUACAUUGGCACUCAUAGAGGGCUAAUGCCUUCUUUACCAGACCACUUUUCAGAAAAUGCGGCAGACUUUGUACGUGUCUGUUUAACCAGGGAACUUCUGGUCUUACUGACGAGUUUGCAAGCUAUUACAAUCUUCCCUCAUGAGAGAGGAGGGGAAAGUGAAGGGAGCUGCUUCACUGCCUUUAGUUAUAGAAUCAUAGGAACCCACCGCCAGAGCUGGAAAGAACCAGAAGGUGCUAGCCAACGAUUUCCCAUUUUCCCUCUGGAAUUUGAGCCAGGGAACUUACAAUUCGAACGGGCCCAAUACAAAACGUUACACCGGGAUCCACGUACAGCAGCAGGAAGUGUUUGGAUUAACCGUGUGUGUAAAAAGGACACAUAUGUAAGGCUUUUCCUUGUGGUCACCAGCCAAGCCAAGACGCGGUAUCCCCAGAGCUCCAGCAGCAGUGUACACUGUUACAAAAAGGGAGGUCAGGCCGUGUAUUCCGCCAGCGAAGACCUCGUCGCCCUCUUCUCGCGAGAGCCUGCGGGUACAGGGCGCUGUUCCGUUUCACUAGGAAACACUGCAGGAACCCCGAGGAUGAGAAUGGGCGGUGUUAGAGAAGGCACUGGCUGCUCUCGGGGACCAGGAGAGAGAUCUGCCAUUCUAGAGCUCAGAGGGCCGAUCUAG